CUGAGUUGCUAGGCAACUUGCUAAUCAGGAAGAAGUGAAAGAAUUUUGUACCCCGACACAUGGGAAAGACUGGAGUAGGGGAAAUGUAGUUCUUUCAAUGUGGAUGCCACAGUUUAACAUGAUUGGACACAGCAUUAUUUCUGGCAAAUGAAAAUAAUAGGCCCUGGUGGCAUUUCUAUGUUUGGAAUUGAAAAGGAUGAAGAGAGUAGCAGCUGCUAAAAAGCAGAAGAAUAUACCAAUUAGUUCAAGUAAACAAACUGGUAUAUCCACAUGGAUAGCAAAUGGCAGCAAAAGUACACAGGAACAUAAAGACCAUGAAACACCUUCCAAUGAAGAGACAGACUGCACCCAGGAUCCUCUUGAAGAAGCACUGGUCUUUUUGACAAAAAUUAAAGAUCGUACUUCUCUGAAAAAUGAAGCUUUGCAGAAACACUUAUUAAGUGUGGAAAAGAUUGCCCAAGAAAGAGGUUUGACGCCAGAAGAAAUUGAUGCCUUGCUGAAUAUAGCACUCAGUGGCAAGUUUGCUGAAGUGAUAAACACUCGACUGUUGAAGAACCUGAUUCCCAUUUCAACAAUAACAGAGGAUUCAAUUGUUUCAGCUGUUUCAUGGCUUUGUGUUGGCAAAUGUUCUCGCAAUACUCAAGUUCUCUUCUUAAAAUGGUUAAUUGCAAUGUAUGAUUUGAUUGAUCAUAAAGAAAAGGUUAAUGCACUCUAUGGGUUCUUCUUCAACUUCUUACAGGAUGAAAAAUUGUGCCCCUUCGUCUGCCAUGUGCUAUAUUUGCUGACCAAAAGAGAAAAUGUAAAACCUUUCCGUGUGCGACGACUCUUAGAUUUAAGAUCCAAGAUGGGAUCAGAAGCUCCGUUGCAGGCUCUUCUCUUAAUGUAUAAAAGCUUUGCUCCAAGCAUGGUGGCUUCAAAUGUGUUCCAAAGCACAAAGAUGCAAUUUAAGAACUCAGAAAACCAGUGGAAAACUGCAAUUGGUAACAUAAAGCAACGGAUUUAUGGCAUUUCACCUACAUCACAACCAGUUUUAGCAUUUCAGCCCCCCAAGAAAAAAUGGAAUUCAAAAUUGAUGAUACCUGAGAGUAACAGCAACUCUGAUUAUUUGGCUCAGAGUUCUACGGCCAAUUGUAUCGAUUUCAAUAGUCAUCCUGAAUUCUUCCCAGUACAGCAUCUUCAGACUUUCUCCCAGCUUUUGGAGAACAUCCAUUGUUUAGAACUUCCUUCCCAAAUAGGCUCAGUGUUGGGAAAUCACCUGUUGCUCCACUACGUUAAUUGUGUCACAGAUGAUGUCGUUUACCAGAGGAUGUAUUAUUGGCUUGGCCAAACCUUCAGAGAAGAAUGCCCUUGGACUAAGAUUGAAAACCAGAAAUAUGAACUGGAAUUCAAAGAAUUCUUGGACACCGUUUUGGAAGCUGAAUGCUUCUUACAGGAGGGCUUCUCGUCUUGUGAAGAAUUUUUGUACCGAAGUCUGCCCUUCUGGGAUGGUUGCUGCUGUAGGUCACAAGUCCUGCAGAUGAUCAGUUGGAUUCCCCUCAGCAGCUUCUCAGAAAUGAAACCUUAUCUCUGCAAGCCGUUGACACAGCUGUUUUUCACCUCAUCACUUUAUUUUAAGUGUAGUGUUCUUGAAAGCCUGAGGGAACUGCUACUGAACUGGCUGAAUUGGCACUUCUUGCAAGCAGAUAUGGCAGCUGAGUUAAAUGCAGGAGUCCUGAACACUUCUGUUUCAAGCCUGGUUAAUUCUAUAACAGAACUCAUCCAUUUUGUUGGCCGGCUUUCAACCAUUGCCCUGCACUUGGAGAACAACUCUGCUUUUUUAAUGCACUUUGUUCUGGAUUUCUAUGAAAUAGUAUGUGACAUGUUUCAGAAGUACCAGAUCCCUUUGCUUGUGAUCCCUCCUGCAGGAGUUUUCUAUCCAGCACUUCUCAGCAUGGAUUCUGUCACAGUGGACCAGCUAUGCCACAUUAUGUUUAGGUAUCGGACCAAUUUGAUAGCUGCAAAGAAAUACCUACAAUCCAAAAAGGCAUCGCUGCAGAUUAAGUUUAACAGACAGAUUUGCCAAGAAUACAAUCAAUAUAUAACAAGCAUGGUCGGAUGCCUGUGGACCUCAAACGUCUUCCAGAUGGACUCCCACCCUCAGGGGAUUUAUAUGGAGCCUGGAGUGCUGGAGAAGACCUCCGUGCAGGAAUACAGAAAGGCCUUGAACAUAGUGUACCAUCCGGCCUUUACAGGUUAUGCUAUACUCUUUAUGCAGCAGAUACAAUCAGAACACAAAAUCCCGGAUAUCAAGCUAAUUCAGGGGAAGAGAUGGGAUUGGUACUUGGAAUAUUUGUACUCCCAAGAAUUACAAGGGUUGAAAGUCUUCAUUGAAAGUAGCAUCAGUCGUGUAUUUCGACCGUCUCAAACAAAACCAGGCAACUACCAGUAAAUGGGUAUUGAAGAUUGACUCUUGUGAAUGGAUUUCUUCCCGCCUUCUCCUGUCGAAGGUAAUCUUGGAUUCUAAUGGACUCCUGUUUCUGGAGAGAGGGAUCCUUUCAGUGCAUCAGUACUGAUAUCCGUACAGAUUCUUCUUGGUAACAAUAAUGGCACACCUUCAGAUUUUUGCCCAGCUGGUCUUUGUGACAUUAAACCUUUCCUCUUUGGGUAAAGGGCUCUUUGGCCUUGAGAGUACAAGCUUACUCUCACGAAAGAAAUAGAGCAUGCCUAAUUCCUGUUGCUAACUUUUUGCUUUGUUUUGGAAUUAAGCAGUUCAUUAUUGGAAACAUUCAAGCAAAUUACAGCAGGAUUUUCCAGCCUUUGACCUUUUUUGGGCAGCUAAAUUAUCAUCUUUCACUGAUAAACCGCACAGCCCUCCCACUGGAUUGAACAAUAGGCUAAUGCAGGUUUUUCUUCUGACUUGUAGAUAAAUUGUAAAUAAUUGUAUAGAAUGUAUUUAUGCAUAAAAUGCUCUGUAAUAUAAAUUAAAUAGUGUUUUGGCUUUGGUUUGUUACAGUGAAACCUCAAUUGUAUGUAUUUUGGUUUUCUGAAUGUGGUUGGUGAAAUUCUGUUGCAGUUUGUGCAUAUGACAUCAU